UCUUCCUGGGUUUGGGGUCGUUUCUCGGAGUUACGUGUGAUUUUUGACAUUCAGCCCUCCUCUACCAGCAAUAGGCUGCAUGAGUUGGGGGCGGGCUUCCGCAAUCCUGUUCGGCGCAGGGGUGAGUGACCGGCCCCGCCCCUUCCGGUCCUCGCAGCCUCUACCACCACCCGCUCCCCAAAUCCUAGAGGCCUCUCUGCUUCUGUCGCUUCUUUGGAUGCCGGCGCUGCUGCCUGUGGCCUCUCGCCUUCUCUUGCUACCCCGAGCUCUGCUGACCAUGGCUUCCGGAAGCCCCCCGUCCCAGCCCUCGCCGGCCUCGAGCUCAGGCUAUGUUCCCGGCUCAGUCUCUGCAGCCUUUGUCACCUGCCCCAACGAGAGGGUCGCCAAGGAGAUCGCCAGGGCUGUGGUGGAGAAGCGCCUGGCAGCCUGCGUUAACCUCAUCCCUCAGAUUACAUCCAUCUAUGAAUGGAAAGGAGAGCUUGAGGAGGACAAUGAAGUGCUGAUGAUGAUUAAAACCCGAAGUUCCUUGGUUCCAGCUUUGACAGAUUAUGUUCGUUCCGUGCACCCUUACGAAGUAGCCGAGGUGAUCGCAUUGCCUGUGGAGCAGGGGAACUCCCCAUAUUUGCAUUGGGUGCGCCAGGUUACAGAGUCAGUUGCCGAUUCCAGCACAGUCCUACCAUGAUGAGCCCGGUUCCUGCCAUGUUCCCCUUGUAUAUUUCAAUGCCCUUUGACUUACAGUGAUAACUGGGCCCCUAAUAAAUCCUGUCUGUGGUUC